CAAAUUUCAAAUCGUAGUAGGAAGGGACCCACCGAAGUAGGCCCCAAAUCAUUGGAAUCCGUACGGAGAGCAUUCGUGGCACCCGAAUCCACCACCCAUGUAGCUAAAAGUACGAACCGUAACAAAAACAAUUGGCAGAGAAACACAUGAGCAUCCCCUACCUGUUAACGAAGUCAGAUUUCGAUUGCUGGUAGGCUCUUAUUCGAAUACCCAAACGCCACUCUCUCUCUCUCCAUGUAGCCUCUCUCGAGGUAAUUAGGUUAUGGCGGAGACUAAAUUAAUAGCAAUUUGCCAGCUUGGUGGUGAAUUUGAGGCUAAUAAGGAUGGUUCAUUAUCCUACAGAGGUGGUGAUGCUCAUGCUAUAGAUAUUGAUGACCAAAUGAAGUUUAACGACUUCAAGACGGAAGUGGCUGAAAUGUUUAACUGUAGCAUCAAUAACAUGUCUCUCAAAUACUUUCUGCCAGGCAAUAGGAAGACUCUAAUUACUAUAUCCAAUGACAAGGACCUGAAGCGGAUGUUAAAAUUUCACUGGGAUUCUGUCACCACUGAUAUUUAUGUAAUAUUGGAAGAUAUUGUUCUGCCUGAUGUCUCAAACUUGCCCGCCAGUAGAUCAAGCCGAACAACUUUGUCCGAAGCAGUGCCUCCUGUUGAUGCACCUGUUGCUGUUGUGGAUGCGGUUGUAGAUGAUACCUUGCAAUCUGCUAUCCAUCUUACUGGGCCUCUUGAUGUUGUAGUUGAUACUGAUCAUGUUAGUGUUCAUAUUGAUGAGGCACAGCUUGAUCAACCACUUGACAUUUCACCCAUUCUUCCUCUUGUUGAUUCCACUGAUGAGAGGCAUGCUAAAGGUGCACAGCAGUGGCAGAAUACUAUUACUGGGGUGGGUCAAAGAUUUAGUAGCGUUCAUGAAUUUCGUGAAUCAUUGCGUAAAUAUGCCAUUGCACAUCAGUUUGCCUUUAGGUAUAAGAAGAAUGAUAGUCACCGUGUAACUGUUAAAUGCAAAGCAGAAGGUUGUCCUUGGAGAAUUCAUGCAUCAAGAUUGUCAACUACUCAACUAAUCUGUAUUAAAAAGAUGAAUGCAACCCAUACAUGUGAAGGGUCUGUAGUGACAACAGGGCAUCAGGCAACUCGGAGCUGGGUGGCUAGCAUCAUUAAGGAAAAAUUGAAAGUUUUUCCAAAUUACAAGCCCAAGGAUAUUGUCAAUGACAUCAAACAAGAGUAUGGCAUCCAACUAAACUAUUUUCAAGCGUGGCGUGGAAAAGAAAUUGCAAAGGAGCAGCUUCAAGGUUCAUAUAAAGAGGCAUAUAAUCAGUUGCCACUGUUCUGUGAAAAGAUAGCAGAGACUAAUCCAGGCAGUGUUGCUACUUUCAGCACUAAGGAAGACUCAAGUUUUCAGCGUCUAUUUGUCUCAUUCCACGCCUCAUUGUAUGGUUUUCUUCAAGGUUGCAGGCCUCUCCUUUUUCUGGACAGCAUACCAUUGAAGUCAAAAUAUCAAGGCACAUUGUUAGCUGCAACAGCUGCAGAUGGGGAUGAUGGUGUAUUUCCUGUGGCAUUUGCUGUUGUAGACGCAGAAACUGAUGAGAACUGGCAUUGGUUUUUACUGCAAUUGAAAACUGCACUGUCAACCUCCUGUCCCAUAACAUUUGUUGCUGAUAGACAGAAGGCCAUUAAGGAAUCGAUUGACAAUGUAUUUAAGGGUUCAUACCAUGGCUAUUGCCUUCGGUACUUGACUGAGCAACUUUUUCGGGACUUGAAGGGACAAUUUUCUCACGAGGUGAAGCGGUUGAUGGUUGAGGACUUCUACUCUGCUGCUUAUGCACCUAGACCUGAAGUCUUCCACAGAUGCAUUGAAAGUAUCAAAAGCAUUUCAGUAGAAGCUUAUGAUUGGAUCAUAAAAAGUGAGCCACAAAAUUGGGCAAAUGCAUUUUUUCAGGGAGCAAGAUAUAAUCAUAUGACAUCUAACUUUGGAGAGAUGUUCUAUAGUUGGGCAUCAGAUGCUCACGAGUUACCAAUAACUCAGAUGGUUGAUGCAAUACGGGGUAAGAUUAUGGAGUUGAUCUACACACAGCGGGCAGAAUCUGACUUGUGGAUGACAAGGUUAACUCCAUCUAUGGAGGAAAAACUUGAAAAGGAGAGCUUAAAAGCCCGUUCCAUGCAACUGCAAGUGCUACUGUCAGCUGGUAGCACAUUUGAGGUUCGUGGUGAAUCAGUAGAAGUGGUUGAUAUUGACCACUGGGAUUGUAGUUGCAAAGGGUGGCAGCUUACUGGUUUACCUUGCUGCCAUGCUAUUUCUGUCAUUACUUGUAUUGGAAGGAGUCCAUACGAAUAUUGCUCAAGAUAUUUCACAACUGAGAGCUACAGAUUAACUUAUUCAGAAUCAGUCCACCCCAUACCAAAUGUGGACUGGCCUGUCCAGAAAGAUUCUUCUCAGGUUACAGUAACCGUAACCCCUCCUCCAACACGUCGUCCUCCAGGUCGCCCCACUUCAAAGAGAUGUGGACCACAUGAUGUAGUUAAACGCCAGCUGCAGUGCAGUAGAUGCAAGGGUCUGGGGCACAACAAAUCCACUUGCAAAGAGCUUUCGUAAUGUUGGAGGAACUUCUGUAAAGUGUUAGGCACUAAUCUGUACUGGCAACGUUAAUGCUCUUAUGUCUCAUCAAUAGAGAUGACAUCCAAGAACCAGAGGCAUCAGACUGUGUACAUGCAACAACUGUGUCAUAGGGGGCCCAAAGUCAUCACUAAAAAGCCUGCACCGUUUUGCCUAAUAUAACCCAUGGGACUUGUAGCAUUCUACAGUAGUGUUUCUCGGUAGCCGGUAUUCUUUGUUAGAUGUAUUCCUAACUUGUGUUCUUGCUUAGCAUGCAAAAAAAGGUGACAAUAAUGCUAGGGAAUCAGUUUUAGCUUGAUGUAGACAUAUUAGUAUUAGUUGUCAAAAUUUGUUGGUGUAGGGGGUAAAAAGGCAGGCUGGUGUCCAUUUAUAUGCUUCUCACUGGUGUGAUCUACAGUUUAGUUAGUAGAGAAGAGUUCAAACACGUAGCUCCAAUUUUAAGCAAGGCAGAGACUUUGUGCUCCUGAGGCUUUCACAGGAAGCGACUCUGUUUGAGAUGAGAUAAGAGGCCUCUGAGUAACUUUCCUAUGUACAAAAUCAACAUGUCUCUUUCUAACAAAGUGGUUUUCUUAUAUUUGAUGUGAAAUGUUUGAAUGCUUUUACCUUA